AUGAGGAAUACAUUUGAAAUGCAAGUACAUAACAGAGAUAAUGUAAGAAGAAUAAACAACAGAGGAGAUAUAAAUUCAACUGAAUCAAGUUUACCCGAUAAUGAUUUAAUAUCUCAAGCAACAUCAUCUGUUAAUACACAAAAAACGACAUCAUCUAAUUUAUCAAGUCAAAAAAUAAAUAAACCUAAAGUUACAGCCUUUAGACAACAAAAAUUACCGGCAUGGCAACCAGUUCCAACAGCAAAAUCUGUUAUUCCAGCAAUAUUUAUUGUUGGUAUUGUAUUUCUACCAAUUGGUGCUGUACUUCUUGCUGCAACAAAAUCUGUUGUUGAGUAUGAAACAGAAUAUACAGAUUGUUCAACACCAGUAUGUUUUUUAACAAUACAUAUUACUGAAGAAAUGAAAGGUAAUGUAUAUUUUUAUUAUGGAUUAGAUAAUUUUUUCCAAAAUCAUCGACGUUAUAUAAAAAGUCGAAAUGAUGAACAAUUAUUAGGACGUUUAUCGGAAAUUAGUGAUUGUGACCCAUAUGAUAAAGAUCCUGUAACUAAUAAAUCUUAUGCACCUUGUGGAGCAGUUGCAAAUUCAAUGUUUAAUGAUACAUUUGUACUUUCAUUAAAUAGUGUUCCAAUUCCGUUUACAUAUGAAGGUGUAAUUUGGAAUGUUGAUCAAAAUAAUAAAUUUAAAAAUCCUGAAGCACCAAACGGAAAUUUAUGUGAAGCAUUCGCAAAUUAUUCAAAACCAAUGAAUUGGAUUAAAUCACCAUGUGAAUUGGAUAUAUCUAAUCCAAAUAAUAAUGGUUUUAAAAAUGUUGAUUUUAUUGUUUGGAUGAGAACUGCCGCAUUACCAAAUUUUAGAAAACUUUAUAGAAUAUUAGAUCGUAAUCAAGAUACAAUUUUUAAAAAUGGUUUACCAAUUGGUGAUUAUACAUUAACAAUUAAUAAUAAUUAUCCUGUAAAACAAUUUAAUGGACGCAAAUAUUUUAUCAUAUCUACAUUAUCAUGGGCAGGUGGAUAUAAUUUAUUUUUAGGAAUAGCUUUUCUUAUAGUUUCUGGAAUUUGUAUAUUAGCAGGAAUUGGACUUCUUAUAAUUCAUCUCAAUUUUGGUCAUUCAUUAAAAGAACUCGGUAACGUUGCUGAUCGUCCUUGCACCAAUUAA